GCUGUUCGCUCGCGUGGCAUGCAAGCGAUCUGAGCGUCAGUGAGCUCGGUUCAUUCUUUGAGCUACUAAGAGUCUGGGCGUCAUGGGGAAGGCAAACAACCGGCUGACUCGAGGACGACGAGCGAGGGAGAGCGAUGAGGGGGACGACGACACUUCGGAGAAGGGAGAGGGGGUCUUCCAGUUCCUCAAAGGAGUAGACACAGUCGCUGUCGCUCUGGGAGUCAUGAUCUUUGUGGUGGCCGUGCUCUUCACAAUCGUCUGCUACGUGUCCCUGGGCCUGGAAAUCGAGAAGCACUUUGACCUGUCGAAAGCUCCCCUCGCCACCUUCCGGCUGGACGACUUCUACGACGAUCUGAACGUCAAACAUCGCAACGUGAAGGAGAGGGGACUGGAGAGCCACGAGAUCGUCAACGAGAUCGAGCGAGCCAUCCAGUACGGCAACCUGGCGUACGCUCGCCAGAAGAUGAUGGAGAUCGUGACGAACCAGAUGCUCUCAGCUCCCGACAUAAUCGCACUCUCCACGCUCGUCAGCGAGGCCGAGGCUCAGAACCCGAUUGCCAACAUCUCGCUCUGCAAUGUGGAUGAGAGCGUCAGCUUCAUCAAGGAGAAGGGUGGGAAGGUCGUCAUGAACGAGAAGGCGGACGGGAUCAUGAUAGCGGACUUCGAUUUCGACCAGUCCCAG